UCGUGGUCUUGUCUUUUCAUCAUUAGUGAAAUAGUUUCGAAUUAACAAACUUCUUUGAGUAAAUAUCGAAGGAAAAUGCUUACAAAAAGGGAGAAACUUCUCAUUCGACCAUGGCAAAUGCAACGAUAUGAGAACCAUAAGAGGAAAAUUGAAAGCGCCCAACCAGCAAUUGACUUCUCCUCGCCAACAAUUUACCCUCACGUAUCCUUAAAGUGGAAAAAACUUCAGGCGGAGAAGGAACGUCUGGACCAAAUCAAAAAAGAAAACGUUCGUCUUCUCCAAAGACUUGGCAAUAUAAUGACGAAGAAACGGAUUGAAAACUUUUGGCAGCACCCAAGACCAGACUUUUUGAACCGGGAGAAAAUCUACGCCAAUCGCCCGAAAACAUGUUCAGGACGGGUUGAAACUGUAGCAAGUGAAGAGUCCUUUGUAUCAACUGCGAAAUCUAAGAGUCGUGGGCGCUCGGCAACUCGUUGUGCUACUUGCUCUGGGAAACCGGUGAAACGGAAUCAGGUUAUCCCGGAAGAACGUAUCCCAUGGGAACCGCCACGUAAAUCGUGGAAUGUAAAAAUUAUUUCCAAUGAAUUCAAAGGACAUAAAUGUUGUCCUGUGUGCUGUUCGCAAUGAUAAGGCGAGGGCUCUCUUC